CCAGGCUGGAGAGUUGUAGGGGGUCUGACGCAGCGACGCGGACGGUGUGUUUGGUGUGAGAUCAUUUCAAAGAUGUCUUCCAGAAGCCCGAAAGAUUUAAUUAAAAGCAAGUGGGGAUCAAGGCCUAGCAGCUCCAAAUCGGACACUGCACUAGAUAAGUUUAAGGGAGAAAUCGCAGCCUUUAAAACAUCCCUGGAUGAAAUCACAAGUGGGAAAGGAAAAGCGACUGAGAAAGAGAAAUGCAGACUUUUGGAGAAAAUUCAAGUUCUUGAAGCUGAAAGAGAGAAGAACGUUUAUUACCUCACAGAGAAGGACAAAGAAAUACAGAGACUCAAAGAUCAGCUAAAGGCAAGAUAUAGUUCCUCCUCAUUGCUUGAGCAGCUGGAAGAGAAAACGAAGGAAUGUGAGAAGAAGCAGCAUUUGUUGGAGUCCUUAUCCAAAGAGACAGAUGUCCUGAAAGAUCAAUUGUCCGCCACGACGAAAAGACUUUCUGAACUGGAAAGCAAAGCCUGCACACUCCAUCUGUCACAGAGCGGGACUGCAAACUGCUUCAACUCAUCAAUGAGCAGCAUUUAUGAAAAGGAAAUGCAGCUGAAAGAUGCUCUGGAGAAAAAUCAGCAGUGGCUUGUGUAUGACCAGCAGCGAGAGGCCUACGUUAAAGGACUUUUAGCAAAAAUCUUUGAACUGGAGAAGAGAAUAGAAAUAGCCGCUUCACUCCCACAGCAGAUGAAAAAGACUGAAUCAGAAGGUUAUCUUCAAGAGGAGAAACAAAAAUAUGAUCAUCUCUUGGAAAGUGCCAAAAAAGAUCUUGAAGUUGAAUGACAACCCGUAACUCAGUUGCGUUUAGAACUUGAUGAAUUUAGAAGAAAAUAUGAAGAAACUCAAAAAGAAGUUGAAGAUUUACAUCAACUGUUGAGUGCGCAACGAAAGGCAGACAUGCAACACCUGGAAGAGGACAGACAUAAGACAGAGAAGAUCCAAAAGCUCAGGGCAGAGAGCAGUGUCUUCAAGGGAAAGCUGGAAGAGGAGAGGAAAAAGUCUGAAGAGCUCGUAUCUCAGGUCCGCAUUCUCUACGAGUCUCUGUUGAAACACCAAGAGGAACAGAUCAGGGUGGCUCUGCUGGAGCAGCAGAUGCAGGCAUGUACCCUAGACUUUGAAAAUGAAAAACUUGACCGCCAGAAUAUGCAACAUCAACUUUAUGUGAUUCUUAAGGAACUUCGAAAAGCAAGAAGUCAGAUAACACAGUUGGAAUCCUUGAACAGCUACUUCGCAGAGCAGUCGUUCCCACUCCAGAGAGAGCCUGAAAACAGAGUGAAAGUUACCUCACCCAAAAGUCCCACUUCUGCACUCAACAAAAGCCUGGUGGAAUGUCCCAACUGCAGUGUACAGUACCCAGCCAAUGAACAUCGAGACCUGCUCGUCCGUGUUGAAUACUGCACGAAGUAGCAGAAACGUUCUCACCUUUAUACUGAAGAAGUCCACACUGUAUCCUAUGUCGGUUUAUGGGCACUUUGAAUCACAGAUUACAUCUUUUGCACACUGACUGACAUAUGAGGGAAUCCUUAUAUUUUUCUGGCCUCUUGGCAUUUUCCUUGGUAGUGGUACCUCCCUGAGCUGCUUCAUCAUAGGCUGCAGUGACAGAGUGUGGUGAGCAGUGGG